GGUGAUCGUGGAGCAGAGAACGAAUUCCAUGUUUCGAGAAACCAUCGCGCAAGAAAGAAAACGAGAUAUAGAAAAAGAAAGACGAAUUAGAAGGACAUUGAACACGAUCAUACGACUUACGUUACGUGUCAUGCGGAUAAAUUAUUAAGAAAGAGAGAGGGAGAGAGAGAGAGGAAAAAAGAGGAAAAGAGUGAGAAAGAGAGAGAGAUAAAUAAAUAGGGAAAGAGAAAGAGAGAACACAGAUGUUGGGACAGGGUUGGAUUUUGAUGCUCGUCAGCGUUGGAAUAACGGCGCUCGCUCCUGCGCCCUAUGAGACGAACGAAGAGUCCCUAAGAAGUGCAUUAAAUGCUGUUACGAGAAAGCAAAUAUCGUUGGAACCCGCCUCUCAAGAAUAUUACAAUGAUUUUCGUCCGCUCAAGUAUCAUAGAGACGACGUCGAGAGAAUGUUCGAGAAGGGACGACAGGGCGAUCGAGUUUUGCCAGAAGGAGACGAGGAACUUGAAUUUCUACCGAAUGAGAACGGACAACUAGAAAUGGUGGGUGACGGAUUUCAAGGCGUAAACAACAAGUUGCUCGAGAAGUCAGUUAUCGAUUAUUUGGAGAACGCGCAGGAGCAGGAACGAAUACCAUCGCUCUUUCGAGAACGCGAACGAAAUUCCAAUCAUAAAAGGGGUAGCGUAACGGAAAAUACUAAUAUAGAUGGUCGAGAACUAGCGAAAUUGUUUUUGGAAGAAUUGCAAGACGAUUAUCCGUACGCUCAAACGGAAACCGAAGAAAAUUAUUUGGAUACACCAAUUUACGAGAAAUACAGGACCAACCAAGAAAACAAAUUCUACGAGAACGAAGGUCCAAUGUCAUGGAGCGAGCUUUUCGAUAAAGGAGAUUUGUUGUCAGGCGAAAGAAGAAAAAAUAGCGAGGAAAAUGAUUUCUCGGAUAAAGAUACGGAACAGAGUGUCCUUUAUUUCUUACCAACUGAACGGAGGAACGUAAAUGCGAGAUAUCCUUUGGGCCGAGAGAUCGACAAAUAUCGGACUUUGGGAAAACGUUAUCCUGUAGCUAAAAGAAGCCCGAAAGAGUUUCAACAAGUAAAGAGACAAAUUAUGGAUCCAAAGGUCGCGCAAGAUCUAGGAGCAUUAUUCGGCACCACUCUGAAUACUCGUAAUUAUACACGUCCGCAUAAUCACGACCACGAGCAAAACCACGACCACGACCAUGACCAUGAGCACGAUCGCGACCAUGAUCAUAAUCACGAUCAUGACCACGACCACAAUUACGAUCACGGUCAUGAAAAUAUUCGGGUCAAUACGUCGGAAGCUCCAAAGGUAAUUCCUAUUUCCAAGGGUCAAAAGGAGAACGUCACGAAGAUCAAUACAUCAAAAGGGAAAGACAUCGAAGUGAAAAAGAAGAGUACCGAUUGGUCUCAAUAUUUUGGUAUCGAUCGUAGGAAGAAAAAGACUACUUUCUUGGCCAGGCCAGAUACGCAAGAUCAAGAUGACGAAUGGAUGUUACAACGAUACUAUGAGAACAUGGCCGAAAAUUUGAAACACCCCGAACGAGAAUCCGAAAGUGAGAACCAUGAGAGGAAGGAGAAAAUUAAUCAGAUAUAUGCGAUGUUGAAUAAUGUUGGUAUGGAUUUAGAAAAGACAAAAGAUCAGAUCAUGAACCGACUAGCGGCUGCAUAUUCAUUAGAAAAGAUGCGUAAGGCACUGAAUGAAUUUAGAAACAGCCUAGCUGCUCGUAAAGAAGCUCAAAAGGCUGCUUACGCCCGAAAUAAUUUGACACAAAACCUUCGUAAUGACGAGAGUAUUCAAAAAAACGAAAAAAAGCAGACUAGCUUCAACAUAAACAUUAACGAUGCUUUGGACGAAAACAAAAACUGUCCGGAUGUUGAGGAGAUCGAACGACAAUGUAAGAUUGUCGACAAUUUAACUGGAGAUAACAGUCAGAUGCUAUAUUUACCAUGCGUUAUGCUUCAAAUAUGUAAAGCUUGCAUACCAAAUGAAAUAGAUGAAUGUUUAAUGAAUUACGCGAUAGAAGUGCGUAAAGUUUGUAACAAUCAAAACGAGAAAGGAGCUCUUACGGAAAACGAAUUUUGUGUCACAACAGCCCUAAAUCUAAUGCAAUUGCAACCAAGUGUCGCUACCUCCUUACAAUGUCGUAUCAACAAGGAAUCCUGUCUACAUCGAUAUUAUUAUCGUUAUCGACAUCGUUAUCUCCGCCAUCCUCAACAUGUCAAUUAUCUUUCUCAUGAAAGUUACGAUUCCCCGAUAUCGCAACUAUCAGAACGAUAAGAGAUCAUUCGAAUAUCGAUCAGGCAAUCGUAUUGCAAAUACGUGGAUAAAUAAAUGGGCAGGUACAAUAAAAAGAAAAAAAGAAAAAAAGAAAAAA